AUGUGCAAGCACUUUGGCGGCGAAGAGCAUGGGUCGGCCACCAUUGCUGCGGCGCGUGAAGUGCUGCCCACCAAUGUCAAACCAAUCCACUACGACUUGACCCUGGAGCCGAACUUUGAGGACUUUACCUAUGAGGGUACCGUGGUUAUUGACUUAGAUGUCAAGGAAGACACGACCUCAAUCUCACUCAACACGAACGAACUCAAGAUCCACACCACCAAGAUCACCGCAGGCGACCAGGUCAUCUCAGAGUCGCCCACCGUCUCCCACGAUGCAGACUCGCAGACCACCAAGGUCAGCUUCGACCAGACCAUCUCCAAGGGCAGCAAGGCGAAGCUCACCAUGACCUUCUCCGGGAUCCUGAACGACAACAUGGCUGGCUUCUACCGGUCGUCGUUCAAGGCAGCGGACGGCUCGACCACCUACAUGGCCACAACACAAAUGGAGCCGACCGAUGCACGACGGGCGUUCCCCUGCUUCGACGAGCCGGCGCUGAAGGCCAAGUUCACUGUCACCCUCGUCGCGGACGACAAGAUGACAUGUCUGAGCAACAUGGACGUGGCGUCUGAGAAGACGGUGGACUCCAAGGUCACGGGCGGCAAGCGCAAGGCCACCACCUUCAACCCCACGCCCCUCAUGUCGACCUACCUCCUCGCCUUCAUCAUCGGAGAGCUCAACUACAUCGAGACGAACAGCUUCCGCAAGCCCGUCAGAGUGUAUGCGCCCAAGGACAGGGAUAUCGAGCACGGCCGAUACUCGCUUGAGCUUGCAGCAAAGACUCUGGCAUUCUACGAAAAGACGUUUGACAGCGAAUUCCCGCUGCCAAAGAUGGACAUGGUUGCCAUUCCCGACUUCAGUGCCGGCGCCAUGGAGAACUGGGGUCUUGUUACGUACCGCGUUGUCGAUCUGCUCAUGGAUGAGAAGAACAGCGGCGCCGCAAUGAAGCAGCGCGUAGCCGAGAUCGUGCAACACGAGCUGGCACAUCAGUGGUUCGGCAAUCUGGUAACCAUGGACUUUUGGGAUGGCUUGUGGCUAAACGAGGGAUUUGCAACAUGGAUGUCUUGGUACUCCUGCAACGUCUUUUACCCCGACUGGAAAGUCUGGGAGGGCUAUGUUACUGACAACCUUGCCGGCGCGCUGUCAUUGGACUCGUUGCGCAGCAGUCAUCCUAUCGAGGUUCCUGUCAAGCGCGCGGACGAGAUCAACCAGAUCUUCGACGCCAUCUCGUACUCCAAGGGCUCCAGUGUCAUUCGCAUGAUCUCAAAGUACAUUGGCGAGGAGACAUUCAUGGAGGGUAUCCGUCGCUACCUGAAGAAGCAUGCCUACGGAAACACCGAGACUGGCGACCUGUGGGCUGCAUUGAGCGAAGCUAGCGGCAAGGACGUCGGCAAGGUCAUGGACAUCUGGACCAAGAAAGUCGGCUUCCCCGUCGUCACCGUCACCGAAGGCUCCGACUCGAUCCACCUGAAGCAAAAUCGCUUCCUCCGCACUGCCGAUGUCAAGCCUGAGGAGGAUCAGACUCUCUACCCUGUCUUCCUUGGACUGCGAACGAAGGACGGCGUCAACGAGGACUUGACUCUCUUUGACCGCGAGGCUAACUUCAAGCUAAAAGACAUGGAUUUCUUCAAGCUGAAUGCCGAUCACUCCGGUAUCUACCGAACUUCGUACACGCCAGAGCGGCUGCGAAAGCUUGGUGUGGCUGCCAAGGAGGGUCUUCUCACGGUCGAGGACAGGGCUGGUAUGAUUGCCGAUGCCGGUUCUCUGGCUGCUUCAGGAUACCAGAAGUCGUCAGGCAUCCUAUCGCUUCUUGACAGCUUCAAGAGCGAGCCCGACAUGGUUGUCUGGCAGGAGAUUACGGGCCGCAUUGGCUCCCUCCGUGGCGCCUGGAUGUUCGAGGAUCAGUCCAUUAGGGAUGCUCUCAAGCAGUUCCAACUGGACCUCGUCAAGGACAAGGCGCACGAGCUGGGCUGGACGUUCAGCGAGAAGGAUGGGCACAUUGAGCAGCAGUUCAAGAGCCUGAUGUUCGGCGCCGCUGGUAUCUCUGGCGACGAGGAAAUCACCAAGGCUUCCUUUGACAUGUUCAACAAGUUCAAGGCCGGCGACAAGACCGCCAUCCACCCCAACAUUCGCGGUAGCGUGUACGCCAUCGUCUUGGCAAAGGGUGGCAAGGAAGAGUACGACGCGCUUAUCAACGAGACUCUUCACGCCGCCACCGCUGACGAGCGCAACUCUGCCCUGCGCUCUCUCGGCCGCGCCAAGUCACCCGAGCUCAUUCAGCGCACACUUGACUUCGCACUGAGCAAAGAUGUCAAGGGUCAAGACAUCUACCUGCCAAUCUCUGCCCUGCGAUCCCACCCCGAGGGCUGCCAUGCACUCUGGAAAUGGGUCAAGGACAACUGGGAGGAGCUCGAGAGGAGGCUACCACCUAGCUUGAGCAUGUUGAGCUCUGUCGUGUCGAUUUGCACGUCGACCUUUACCCAUCGCGAGCACAUUGAGGACAUCAAGUCGUUCUUCGCAAACAAGAGCACGAAAGGGCUUUGA